AAGAGACAGAAGGAGGAAAACAACGAAACGAAAACGAACGGGGAAGGCCACAGUGUCAGAUAUGCCGACAGCAUACCCGCUCAGGGAGCCUUGACCAUCAUUUCGUGUCCCACAUGCCGAGAAGCGCCAUAGGAGAAGCGCCAUAGGAGAAGCGCCGAUGAAGAAGUUCUUCAACGACCAGCAGUGGGCUGUACUUGAUGAGAUGAGGCAGACCCUGUCAACGCGUCAGCGAGAGGCGGGAUGGGACCCAUCGCCGCCGAGCGGCCUGGCACCUUUCGUUGCUCUGAACGUCGGCGGCCGUCGGUUCCGAGCACGUCGCCAGACGCUGAGGGCUGUCCCAUCGUCACGGCUUGAUGAGCUGUUCUCGGGCCGGUGGGAGAGGCGAGUGCUCAAGGUGGCGGCUGCCGCCGCUGCUGGUGGUGAUGGUGCCUGCAGCACGUCAUGCAGCGUGCCGGAUGAUGAGUAUUUCCUUGACGUCGACAGCGGUGUGUUCCGGAAGGUGCUGUCACGGCUGCAGGCUAUCGAAGGCCGACACGAGGAGGCCAGCCACGUUCCUCGGCAGCUUGACCAAGACGACCCUGCAUGCGUCUUCUAUUUCGACUAUCUGCUGCGGCCUCUCCCUGCAGCCGAUGAGUCUUCACAGGAGGAGGAUGCAUCUGCGUCGAGCGACCAGCCACGCACCGCGCUUGCUGACGAGGUGGCGUCUAUCAGGCUCCAGGAGCUGGAUUGGGAGAGGCGGCUGAGGUGGGUGAUGCCUUUCUUCAGGACCAAGAAGGAGCGGGUGGUGUUGACACCAUUCCCCAUCUCUGAUGGUGACGAGAAUCGCGUAGUGAGCGUCAAGGUGUGUGGUGAGGAGGUCGCCAGCACCACAGACACACUCACGGGGCGGGCCAUCCCUGCUCAAACGCCCAUAUUGCGUCGCUUUGAUAGGUGAGAACAGAACUCACACCCACCCAAAGCUCACGCAUUCAUGGCCAUCUCACUUUUGCGUGCGUCUGCCCCUCUCUCUCAGUUUCUCGCAAGAGCUGCUCGACGUGCCCCUGGAGCACUUCUCGCUGUGCGUCGACUUCUAUCGCCGGUGCCGCUUCACACGGGAGAGCGGCCUCUCUGAUCUGGUGUGGCUGCCGCGGGUCGACAUCGCAGAGCGGGAAGGACUGCGGAUGGCACUGGGCAUGUACGGUAUCGACCCGCACGUGCCCACCUGCCCACAGGUACCCAUUGUGGGCACCUCGAGGAUCUUCGACGAUGCGGCGUAUGUGACCAACUUGGUGAGUGAAGAGGUGAUGUGUCUGCUGUGUCUGUCGGCGAGGCGAUCGCUGGGUGCGUCCUGGUUACCUGUGUGUGGUUCAGGUGUCGCAGAUCGGUAGGGUUGCAGGGGGAGGCGGUCAGAAGGUCAAGGCAAUGGAGCUUGUUUAUAGGUAGGUAGUAAGAGAGGAAAGGCAUUCACCGAAUGACGAGCCAGCAGCCAUCGAUGCAUCCAUCCUGUUAUCCCUUGCCCUGUCGUUAAAAUGUGCAGCGCGUCCACGGAUGGCUGGGACAAAUCGACGUGUCUUCAGCACAUGAGUGCCGACGACAACCCCUCAUCCGUCCUCUUCAUUCUCAAGACGGCCGACGGCCGCAGAGGAGGCGCCUUCUGUGAGCAACUCGACAUCGAGGCCUCGACCGUUGAGCGCGUCAUGUGCUUCGGCGACACCAUCGCAGAGCGCUUCCCGAGCGGCCACGCCCCGCCCUGCUACUACUCCAACGUCAACAUGCGCACCUCCGCCCUCAUGCCAUCCAAGCCCGUCAUCACGCUAGCGGCAUCGGACCAGUCGUUCGACGCAACGCAUGGCGGCUCAGUGUGGGGAGGCUCGACGAACGGCACCAUUUGGGCGGGCAUGACUAAUGGGUGGGGCUUCGAGUUGAAGAUUGGGGUACGUGGGGAUCUGCGGAUGUAUGAGGCCACGGUGAGGCGAAUGCAUAGAUUUGGGGGGCCGGUCUGUUGGUCGUUCAUCGCCGCUCACGGGCAGAUGGGGGAGUUGUUGAGGGGUCAGGGGAGGGUGGAUGAGCUGGAGAUCUGGCGAGUGGGGCAUGUCUGACGCGAUGGAUACAUACAUGGAUCUGGGCAGAGAGAGAGGCAGGGCAGGCCACCAUGUAUACAUAGAUGAACAUAUGGGUGGUGCGGCCCACGCCGUGUGGCAAGGGCCCCAUUGCAGGAGCGCGUUUGUUGAAAUUAUCGUUUUACAGUGUAUCCCUCCCACUUUUCAACAAACACACCCCAACACCUUUGUGUGUGCGUCAGUGGAGGGGCCAUCUUGACAUUGUAUGCAGACGAGCUCCGAGUGAAGUGAUGGAUUCGCAGGAGUCGCCUUCAUCGCCGGCAGAUGCAUCAGAAGUCGGUCAUCAGCGGGGCGGCCCUGGUCUCCAUCAUCGAUGGCUCGCCACAAUCGAUGCCCACAUCGCACAGCAACUCACCAAACGGUGCGCGCAGAACACACACACAGGCUGACUGACUGACUGACCUCUCUGCCUGUCAGUACUGUAUGUUUGCGUCUGUCUGCAUUCAGUUGGGUGGCGCAUAUCCCUCUGGUGACCGGGCUAACGGCCUUCACGACCAUAUUUCUUUGUCAGCUCUCGGCACAUUUCUUCUGCCAUACAUGUAUCCCUCGGGGCUCGUCACCGCCUGUGCCGCUGUGGGCGCCAACCAUCAGCCUCACGGGCAAUCACCCACCAGAGCGGUUCAUCUAUGCAGUGGGCUUCUCUGCAACCGCUUUGGUGAUGGUUCCCUGCACCCUCAUGGCCUGCCAUCUGCAAGUCAGGCUGCGCGCAAAGUGGACACGGAUCGUACUGAGUGGGGGAUUUCUGCUGGUGGCGACGGCCGGCCUGUUCAUCCAGGGGGUCAUCCCGCUGCAGCCUGAUAUUUUGAUGCUCAUGUACGGCGACAGGAUGGACAAAGUGACUGCCUUGUCGCUUGUGCAUCUGGCAUCGGCAGGUAGACACACUCAGGGAGACCGAUGCAUCCCAGUUGAUCAAAUGGGCCUCACGUGUCUGUCUGGAGUGUGUCAGGUGUGUUCUUCGUGUGUGCCUUCAUCCACGGGGCUCUAGUUACCCUGCUGUUGAUGCAGCACAAGAGCCCCCUCAUCCGGAUGCCAUCGCGACUGCUCAAGCUCGGCUGCGUGCUGGUGUUCCUCGUCAGCAUAGUCAUCAGCCCCGCCCUCCCUCACGCCUCAGCCAUGUAUGUGCACCGCCAGCCACAGACACACUCGUGAGAUAGCAGACUCACUCAGUCUUACCUCAUCCUCCUGUGUGUGUGUGUGUGUCUUUCAGUGAGCGUCUGAAUGCCAGUGGUGCGAGUCAGAGGCUUUGUGUGCUGUGCAUCAUCGUCUUCCUAUCGAGCUACACGCUGGACAUGGUGCAGCUGAGGGCGGCCUAUCUAGCGGGGGAGGAGGAAAGCCCUCUGACCAUGCCGAUGCCGGUGCGGCUGGGUGCGCCGAGCCACAGCAAGUCCCCCCCGCCCAGCCCACAGACACACGCGAACCCCAGUGAAUGAGUGAAGACCCAGACCCAUGUGUGACUAGUGUGUGCGAGACGUGCGACGUGUGCUCGUUCUUUGUCUGUGUCGAUAGCUAGCUGGCUCUUGACGUACGUGUGAGAUGGCUAUAUAUGCAUUUUGAUCAAUGCGAUGCGUCAGUC